AUGUCCAAUCUUUACAGACAUAAGAGAUUGCACACAGGGGAAAAUCCAUAUUCCUGUCCUGAAUGCGGGAAUUCCAGUCUUUCUAUUCAUCAGAAGAUUGUACACGAAGGUCUCACACACGGGGGAAAGCCAUAUAACUGCCCUGAGUGCGGGAGGUGGUUUUCAGACAAGUACUCUCUUUAUAGACAUCAGAGAUUGCACACAGGAGAGAAGCCGUAUUCCUGUUCUGAGUGCGGGAAAUGUUUUGUUCAAAAUCAGAUCUUGUCACACAUCAGAGAUCUCAUACGGGGGAAAAGCCAUACUCUUGUCUGGAGUGCAGGAGAUGUUUUUCACAGAAGUCACAUCUGUACAGACAUCAGAGAUCUCACACGGGGGAAAAGACGUAUUCCUGUCCUGUGUGUGGGAAAUGUUUUUCAGAUAAAUCAAGCCUUUCCAUACAUCAGAGAUUGCACACGGGAGAGAAGCUGUAUUCCUGUCCUGAGUGAGGGAAAUGUUCCUCACUGA